UUCAUUUGAUUCGGGUGUAUUAUUAGUUUAAACAAUGAAGUUGUUGAUUAUUGCACUUACAGUAGUUAUAUUUGGAGAAGCGCACAGCUUAUCAUCUAUCACUUCUCCACGAGUUAACUUUCUUGAAGAAGCAAAGUCCAAAAAUUUCAACCAAAAUGAACUAGAAAUUCUGAAACCAAUAAUUGAAUUUCUUCAACUGGAAUACAAUAAACUUUCAGCCUCAGUUGACCUUAGUCGAAACAUUAAAUCAGCAAACAUAAUUGACAGUCAUUCAUUUUUACAAUUGAGUGAUCUUCUUCGAACAAUUCAACCAGAACUACCUUCCGAGGAUGAAUCUUCUUACUACUACAAUGUUAGUCUACCAAAUAUUAAUAAUUUAAAAGGUCUCUACUCAAAAGGUCUUUCUGCUGAUGAAGAAAAUGACAUUCAAGACAUUUUUCAAGAGAACAUUGAUGAUGCACGUGAAACAAUUCAGAUCCUUAUUGAAUUGUCCAAUGAAACUGAAGCCGGAUUGAUAACAAUCAAUAAAAUUAAAAUUAUCAAAUUUAUUUAUAGAAUGAUACAAAAAGUUUAUGGAUUAGGAAUUCAAGGAGGAAGAACUGCAUAUUGCACUUAUUCAAGCUAUCCUGCUAUUAAUUCAACUCUAAAAGAAGGAAGUCAAGAUAUUGGAUCUUGUUACAAUUACACCGAAACAUCAAUUGGAAGACUUCGAAGAGACGUUAAAACAGCAAUUACAGAUAUAAGAGCGAAUGUUAAAGAACUUGUUGGUAUUUACAAGAAAUUCGCCAAACGUCAUUCUUUGCUUGGGAAACUUUUAACAGUUUUUCUAAAUAUUCAAAAGAUCUCUAAGGAUAUCAAAGAAACAAAAUCAAUAGCUUUAGCUACUAUUGAAGAAGUGAAGAACGAUGGACCUAUUAUUGCAGCAAACAUUAAACAAUGCGCAACAACUUCGAUUCCGGAAUUCAUUAACAAUCUAAAUCAAACUAUAACUGAUCUUAUCACUUGCAUCAAUUUUGUUGAUGACUCAACUCAGGGUCCUGAACCAGAACCUGAAAGUGUAGAAGAAAGUUUUGAAAUUUAAGACACAUUUCUUUAAAAUACU